AUCGUACUCGUUCUUCCUAGCUCAAGGAUUUCGGAUUUCUACGUCUCCGUCGAAUCGAAUCAAUUCCUCUUUCGCAAUCCAGAUCCUAAUUAAUUCUGCACUCGAUCACCCAUGGCGGGGAAGGGGCGGCAGCACUACAGCAGCGCGCCGCGGCGCAAGACGGCGUCGUCCACGCUGGUGCUGUACGGGCUGAUUUUGUUGUCAUUGCUGAUUGUGAUUGUUUUGGCUUUCGGAAUCCUUUCCAGCAGCAGCAAUUCAAAGCAUAAAGCGCAUGACCUCAGCGUCAUUGCUCACGAUUCAUUACACGCACGUGGUGGCGAUGAGGAGAGCAAGGAUCAAUGGGUUGAAGUUAUUUCCUGGGAGCCGAGAGCAUCAAUUUUUCAUCACUUCUUGUCAAAAGAGGAAUGCGAAUAUCUAAUUAGUAUUGCUCAGCCUCAUAUGGAAAAGUCAACUGUUGUCGAUUCUGAAACUGGAAAAAGCAGAGACAGCAGAGUUCGUACAAGUUAUGGAACAUUUCUGACGAGAGGACGUGAUAAAGUUGUUCAGAGAAUCGAGAAAAGAAUUGCUGAUUUUACAUUCCUCCCUGUAGAGCAUGGUGAAGGCCUUCAAGUUCUUCAUUAUGAACCUGGGCAAAAGUAUGAGCCUCACUACGACUAUUUUCUUGAUGAAUAUAACACUCAGAAUGGUGGCCAACGGAUUGCCACUGUUCUAAUGUACUUAUCAGAUGUUGAAGAAGGAGGUGAAACUGUAUUUCCCGCUGCAAAGGGAAAUUUUAGCUCGGUACCCUAUUGGAAUGAGCUAUCUGAAUGUGGGAAAGGAGGACUUUCAGUUAGACCAAAAAUGGGCGAUGCGCUACUUUUCUGGAGCAUGAAGCCGGAUGCAACUUUGGAUUCAUCAAGUUUGCACGCUGGCUGUCCUGUUAUAAAAGGGAACAAGUGGUCUUCAACAAAAUGGAUUCGUGUUCAUGAAUACAAGGCCUGAUUCAACGCAUCAUCAUGCAACUGGUGACUGGUGGGUCAACGAUGAGGUUUCAACACUGCGUCUUCUUUGGGAGACAAUUUGGCAUUUAUGCUGUUGUUAUACUUUAAUUUAUUUUACACAGCUAACCUUUUUUUUUUUUUUUUCUGGGAACACCAUAAUACAUUUGUAUAAGGACUACGUUGUAACAACUUUUUAUAUGGAUUUGUGCAUUUAUGAUUUAACAACUCUCGAUGGUUUA